ACGCCGACGCCGCCGCCUCCACCACCACCACCACCGCCACGACUACCAUCACCACCAGAGGCUUUCAUCACUCACGGGAAGUUUGUCCUUUGCGUCGACUGUUUGCCAACGACGACGACAACGACUAGGAGUACCAAGUACGGGGGACCCGAAGGAGGAGUCCAGACGAGUUUUAUUUUAUUUGAGCUUGACACUUCGCCGCGAGCACAUACACCGGAAGUCGCGGACCUCCUCUACGAGCUCACACCCUUCCUGUUCGACCGACUGCUUAUCUGCCUGUUCGCCUGCCUUAUUACCUGCUUACCUGUCUCUUUGAUCUACCGGCGGUCGCCAUCGUUUUCUCGCGAAUCAGAUCACUUUUUCUUCGCGAUCCUUCGGGAUGGGGAGGAUCGAGCAAGAUCAGUGGCACGUAGUCAGUCCGCGACGCUUUCAUCGCGUUGAUAACAUGGCCAAGGGUUGACAUCGACUAGGGUGGUAAUUGUUCAACUCUGUUUCACUUGCUACAAGGGAUGCUGUGUAGAGAUCGAUCGUAUCGCGUGUGAAUUUAACAAGGGACUUGAAUUUGGUCCAGCAGUUAAAGAUACGUGUCGUUAAAGUGAGAAUUUCCAGGGAAAGUGAAGAUCGUCCCCGGAAGGAGGAAAACCGGAAAGAAGAAGAACAGAUGUACCGACACACUGGAGGAGACACUCGAGAGAGGCUGAGCUUCGAGUGAAGUGAGAGAUCAACGCGAAGGAUCUUCGCUCCUGAGAUAUGAGGAAGCUGGAGGCCAAAGACAAGCACUCGGUCAGAAGAAGCGCCGAGGAUUCGUGAAACUUAAAGAUCCAAGUCUGGAAGAAGAAAAGUGACGUUGUAAGGAAAAAUACAUUUUUUAAUAAUAACAGAGGAAUAUGAAUGCAUCCGAUCGACAGCCCGUCAAAGUACGCGACAGUGGUAAGGAUAGAUAAAGAGCGACGGAUAGAGAGAGGGAGGGAGAGAGAGAGAGAGAGAGAGAGAGAGAGAGAGAGAAGAGUAAAACGUGAGUUACACAUAGGUGCUCCGUAGGUGCUGGAAGAGGAAGUGGUGCGAAACGGUUAGUGAAAGACUCGCGACGUAGUGAUCAGAGAAAGUGCCCGGCGGGGGUCUUUCGGGAGCCCUUUGGAUGCACCCAGAUUGCAUCGGGUUCUCGAAGUUGACGGUCGUCAAAGCGGUGCCGGUGCCGGGGGCGAGUCCUCGACGCGUGCCACGCGCUGAUCAGAGGCACCGCUCGCGAGCCGCCAGCCAGGGGUUGCCGGGGCUGCAGGGGUUGCAGGACCAGCAAGGGUCGUUCCGUUUGGGUACCAGGGGUCCCGGAGCUUCCACGAGGGCUCAAGCAGCCAACAGUCUCACCCAAGAGGUUCCCUGCGUUCUAAAGUGGACAAACUGUGCAAAGGAGCUACGUGCCCAGGAGGAGAGACGUCGAGGCGAUGACAGGAUGCCUCCGUCCCGACGCUGCGUCCAUAAAGGACCACCUCGCACGAGGAAGCACGCCGGAAGUCUCUGUCGACUUGGACUGAUCGCCCUUGGACUUGUUCUCUUCGAUCAUCGUGCGAUGUGUCUGAAGAGCAACUCCGUGGACGACUGGGUGAACGGUAAUGCUGUCGUGUGCAACGGAAUCCCAGGAUUGACCAAGGAGCAACGGGAACUCUGUCACAGGAAUCCGGAUGUGACAGUGGCAGCCAUGAAGGGACUUCAAAUGGCAGUGAAGGAGUGUCAACACCAAUUUACAUGGCACAGAUGGAAUUGCUCUUCGUUGACAGCGAGCAGUAGGAAUCAGCAGAGUAGCGUUUUGCUCCAAAGAGAAUGUAUUUUCGGGGAAAAGUCCACCUGUCAGAGGCUACGCGAGGCGAGAGAGAGGUAAUACACGGACACGCGGAGUUUCGAGGUUAGGACAGUCGUGAAGCGUUUGGCAGUGCGCCUGCGGAAACCCCACGGCGAGAUCGCUUAUACAUGCAGACAGUGGAUGCCCGCUGGCCGCCGCUGCUGAUGGCCGCGCUUUGUUUUGACGGACGGUUGAAUAAUCUCCCUCUGAACUCUGUCUGAUGGCUGUCUGUUCUCUGCUUGGCUACCGAACUCCUUCUACGGAAGCCAACCCUGCCUGACUGCCUGACUUCCCGCUGACUCUUCGCGAUAUCGCUUCCCAUGUAUAUUCCUGGCGUCUCGAUGC